AUGUUAGUUAUUAAAGUGGACGACGAUGAAGAAGAGUUUAGUAAUAGACUGAAAGAAACUAUCAACAUUAAGCUUCAGCAGAAUGAUAAAUUGAAAGAAGAAAAUGCACGACUCAAGAAUAAUAUAAACAAAAAAAAUCGAACCAUUAAACAAAGCAGAAAAGAAAAUUUGUACCUUCAACGAAAAAUUAGACAAUUACUCCUUAAACAAAAUUUAGACAAGAAAUAUUGCUAUUGUGGCUCUAUAACUGACUGGGAUUGGGAUGAUAUUGAAUAUAAAAAUUAUAAGUGGUGUAAAUGGUGUCAAAAAACUAAUCAUAAUACGAAUAAUUGUUGGUUUGCUCCGAAAUUUCCUGAAAUCAUGGGUUAUGGGCCAAAAUUGCCUGAAGUCAUGAGCCAAGAAUGA